AAUUUUGGGUUUUUUUUUUAAAAAAAAAAACAUUUUCCUUCAGCUAUAACUAUUGUGGGGGUGAUUGGUAAAGGGGGUUAUGACACCUGAAUCCGCUGUCAUCAAUCAACCCUCCUUCAUUUCUGGAUCCAAGUGUUCCUCUUUCGUGCAACACAAUCAAAUUUUGAAAUGCUCAAUAAAAUUUUCAUCCAAAAGUAAUCACUUCCCAUGUCGUGUAGUCUCCAGUUGUUUCAAUCCGUCCAUUUUUGGUGGAAUUUACAGUUUGAGAUUGCGGAGACAUGGCAUUGUUGGCGGUAGAGCUCAUCUGAGAUCGUUAAGUGAAGAAAACAAUGAUCUGGGGGGUGACCAAGGUGAGGUUUUAGGUCUGAAUUUGAAGUCUCUGAAGAUUUUGCUGAAGCAAGGAGCCUUUAUUUGGGCAAUGCUUUGUUGUCUUUUGGUUUUCACGUGCAAGAGACUGCUUGCGGCGGAGGGAGUGGUGAAUGCAGGGUACGGAGUGAUUGAGCAGUGGGCAUUGUUGUUGAGGAAUGCGUGGCCUAAGGUUUCUAUGGUUCUUAAGAUUUUCAAAAAGCAAGGUGUGAUUCUGAUUGCACUUUUAGGUCUAUCUGAAUUCUUCUCAAUGGCAGAGACUUCUAUAACUACGCUGUGGCCAUGGAAGGUUCGUAAGGUGGCUGAAAAAGAGUCUGAAGAUGGUGUAUUUCAAAUGCUUCACAAUUCUGUUUUUGUCACUAGGGUGGUCAAUAUUAGAGCAACUGCUUUACUUAUAGACACAGCAACAGCAAUAUCUGUAGAAGCUGGUGUUAGUGCAGCAACUGGAGUCAUGACUGAUAUGAUUGAAACUAUAUUAGAGAUAAAGGAUACUCAUGUUAGAGAGGUCAUGAAACCCCUUGUUGAUGUGAUAGUAACCUUAGAAGAUGUGGUUGAGGAGAUUGUUGGAGAAAUCUUUGAUGAAAAUGAUUCAAAGGAACGUCAGUAUGAGACUGUAUCUGGUUUUGUAUGUGAAGUAUUUGGAUACAUCCCUAGGGUUGGUGAGAGCAUCAAAGUUGUCCUCAAAAGGGAUAAUCAAGAUGAUGAUGAUAAGCAUGAUGAAGAUGGAUCCGGUCAUCAAGAUUUGAAGGAAAGGCAUCAAAUAUAUAGACUUGAGGUAGGGUAAAAGAACCGAAUGGAUUUCAAUAGAAAAAACUAAGAAAAUGAAUGUAGCUAGCAAUCAUGCAAUCUCUUGACUCUCUUCCACAUAUAACUUUCUGAAAUCAAUGCUAUUAUGGGGGCAUGCCCUUGUUCUUGUUCAUAUAGGAAUCUGCUUUUAUAUUGUUCAUCCUAUGAGAUGCUUCAUUUGGUGGCUCAGUUUGCUAAAUGAAACUUAGCAACUGAU